ACUGUGCUGCUUUCAAAGCACUUGAAAAAUUUCUUGCGUUUAUAUACAAACAACAAUAUAACAUGAAAUGUGUCCCCUUUCAUUAUAAAAGACGCCGAUCAACUUUGGAAUUCAGAUAUUGCUGUCGCCGACAAUAAUAUCAAAACAUGCGGCUGCAUCUCACGUUUGGGGCACUUUUGGUGCUUGCAUUUGCAACUGCAACCGCCACUCGCAAGUCUUAUUCAUGUUACAAAGUGAUUCAGACAAAAACCUUGGAUGUGGAAGAUGUCCUCAAGGUCGCUCCAUUUGAGCACCGACCAGAGUUCAAUUUCUGGAGCCAACCCAGGGUGGGAAGAGCUGCAGAAAUCAUGGUCGCCCCUGAACACGAAGCUCUGGUCACGAGAAUUUUGCGCCGCUUGAAAUUGAACCCCACUGUAGUCAUUGAAGACGUAGAAAAGGUUGUUCAAUCAGAACGGGAUCAUAUCGACAUGAUCAAGUCGAGUGAAGGCAAAAGUGGAAAAGCAGUUUCCUUUGACCGGUACAUGACCUUUGACGAGAUUCAAGUCUACCUGGACGAGUUGGUGGCCGCUUUCCCUACACUGGCCUCGGUGAUUGAAAUCGGACAGUCCACUGAGGGUCGCCCUUUGCGCGUCCUCAAGAUUUCCAACGGCCCCGGCAAAAAGGCCCUGUUUACCGACGCGGCCAUCCACGCUCGCGAGUGGAUCGCCCCACCUGUUGCUCUGAAAAUCGCUUUUGAAUUAUUGGAAAACUAUGCCGCGAACCAGGCCCUAGUCGACCUCAUCGACUGGUACAUUUUGCCUGUGGCGAAUCCUGACGGCUACGUCUACUCUUGGGAUUCUGAUCGUUACUGGAGGAAAACACGUAGUGUCAAUCCGGGUUCCACUUGUAUUGGCACAGAUCCCAACAGGAAUUUCGAUUUCCACUGGGGCGAGGAAACUGGAACCGUUCCGUGCGGUGAGACUUGGCCCAACACGAGACCGUUUUCGGAACCUGAAACUGCAGCCAUGAGCGUUUUCAUCAACAAUACCUUAGAAAUUACCACCUAUGUUGCAAUCCAUAGUUACGGACAGUUGCUUAUUUUCCCUUACGGACACACAACUGAACUCCCACCGACUUUCGAUGAACUGAAUACGCACGCACUCGAUGCAGCACAAGCUCUUCAAAACGUAUACGGAACCGUCUAUGAAGUUGGCACCGUGGCUAAUGUUCUUUAUUUCUCGUAUGGAGCCUGUCGCGAUUGGGCUUAUGGCGCUGCUGGCCUUCCGCUCUCAUACACAUUUGAGCUGCCUGGAAACGGAUUUGGUUUCGCGCCGCCCCCAACUGAUAUUCUACCCGUGGUCACUGAAACCUGGGAGGCGGUCAAGGUGAUCGCACAAGCUGCUGGAAAUGCUGUUCGACCAUAAGAUAAAAAUAAAAUUCAGUUCUAAUAAAAAAACAAACAAUGUAUUUGUAACAAUGUGGUCAAAUAAACAACCGGGAAAAAAAUAAUGAUUCCCUCUCUA